AUGGGUGCCGUACAACUUCCCGUUGAGACCGAGGCGUGUCUUCACGAUGACGCCGCAAGCCGACCGAUCUCUGAUUCAAACACCGUACGGGUAGCCGUCCUUAGACAACACCAGUAUCACUCUAGUGUGACAUACCACAGGCUGGAUGAUAACAGAUUAAUCCCGGGCGUCGUGGGAUAUUCCUAUCUUCGCGAUAUUGCAGAUGAGGGAAAGAAACAAUCCCCUAGCAAACAGCACGCCCGAGUAAUACAAGCCUAUUCGAAGAUUCACUCUCUCCUAUCCCCACCAAGAGAACCAGGCCCUAUAGACUCAGAAACAAAGACUCGAGAGAAGAAAAGCUCGCCUGUCAUCGUUCACGAUAAAAGGUGUGCUUUCAUAGAGCGACUUGAGCCACCUCCAAACUCCAAGGCGGAUAUAGUGAACACUGUAUUCGCCCAAGUCAAUCUGCGGACACCAGUCGGUCCUCCUCUGGAUCAAUUCGUCAACUGCCGCUCAUCGAAUAUCAAAAUAAAUGACUUGAAGGACUCCGCGAAUGGCCUUUGUCGCCCUAUCACAAUCAGUACAGGUAUAUGCCUGUUCUCAUCUCGGCUCCUAGGAUUCAUCCCUACAAAUGGACUAUCCACUACCGAUGGCGCUACAGAGACAGUCAUCCCCCCAUUGCCUUACAGUGCGGAUGCAACUUUCUACGAACUUGAAACAUGUGCACGGAUGGCAAUGACUAUUGCAGGCCUUGCCGUUACCGCUGGCACAGGUGGCACAGCUGGUUCUCGGCCAAUUGUUGUGAGGUUAGAUGUGCCUUGUCUCCAGUAUUACUGCUACCCAUUGGAGCUUCUUCAGGCAGGACUGGUGAGCUGGAAGUACGUUCAGGAGUGGUUCAGACUGGUCGAUCGCCGGCAUCGGCAAGUCGCAGGCUUGCUGAAGGAUACCAUUACUCAUGAAGUACUUCGACGGGGCGGUGAUAUUCAGGUGGAAGUCACCGCUGGCACUAUAGCCGCAACUCAGCUUUUGCGUCUCAGUGUUUUCGACCGAAUGGAAUUACCGAGCGUGGAUGAUAUUCUAUUUGUGCUGAAGUGGGUCGGUCCCUAUCAGGCGGCAUGGCGAGAAUUUCUGGAUAUUCUUGAUGAUUGUCAAAGGCCCAAAGAUCUUCGCAGUGUUGCACUAAUGGCUUAUGUCUUUGAGGUCAUGUAUCCCGCAUUGCAUCAGAUAGCUACCAAAUCUCUACAUGGGAAUGGCGAGAAGAGUGGUCGCCCUCUACUGAUUCAGGUAGACGAUAUAGCCGAGUGGAGAAUCUUUGACCACGCAGAAAAGCUCCUCAAGCGCUUCAAAGAGCGACAGCAUGGUUUUUAUCCCCUCCUGGUUGGCGUGUUUCCCUCACCACGAAUCUUUACGAGUGAGGAUCAAGGGCGCUCUACCCUGUUCCUUCAUGACCCUGGUUUAAAGAUUUUGCAAACUCGCUCUCCCUCUAGCAAUAGUGAAGAAGGCUCAUGCGUUGUGCGCCCGUUAGAUAUCAUUGGUCAGAUCUAUGGAAGAGAGGUUCAGGAUACACUUGGGCAACUAACAAGAAAGCACGGUUUAUCUGCUGCUGAUGGACCCGAAUCAGAUUAG